GUGGAAGGAAGAAGGGAAUGGAUUCAAAAUCAAACAGGGACGAGUUACGAGGUUCAGAGAGAUUACAAGCUCUGCUUAAUCACUUCCGAUCCUCGAACACGGUGCCCGAUAAUCUCAACAACUUCAAUUCAAAACCAAGAAAGAGAGCUGCGGUUCUGAUCUGUCUCUUCGAAGGUACCGACGGGAAGCUGAGAGUAUUUCUCACCCUGCGAGCCUCUUCUCUCUCAACCCACUCCGGCGAGGUUGCUUUGCCUGGUGGCAAGAGAGAAGAAGGCGAUGCUGACGAUAUUCAAACGGCGCUGAGAGAAGCUAAGGAGGAGAUUGGCUUGGACUCUUCUCUUGUUUCUGUUAUUACCAUUCUCGAACCCUUCCACACUAAGUAUGGCAUGACAGUAAUACCGGUGGUUGGAAUACUGUCCGACAAGGAUGCAUUUUCUCCAGUUUUAGAUUCAGCUGAAGUUGAAGAGAUAUUUGAUGUUCCUUUGGAGAUGUUCCUCAAGAAUGAUAACAGGAGAGCUGAAGAAAGGGAGUGGAUGGGAGAGAAGCAUCUUGUACAUUAUUUUGAUUAUGAGGUUGGGAAUAAGAAGUAUGUGAUAUGGGCUAUAACUGCUGCAAUCUUAAUUAGGGCAGCUACCAUUUUACUUCAGCGCCCACCAGAUUUUCUAGAGCAGAGACCUAAAAUAUGGGGAGGAAUUACGGAAAAUGACCUGAUAAUACUACAGAGUAGUUCCAAAUAAUGAUUUUAUUUAUAUUUUUUAAGUUUGUGUAUCAA